AGGCGGGCGCGGGCCGGGCCGGGCCUCGCCAUGGGGGCACCGCCGCCCAACGGCAGCCUCGGCCUCACCGACAGCACCCCGCGGCCCGGCGGGGAGGCGUCGGUGGGGCCGGGAGACCGCGGCUGCGAGAACGGGGCCCUCAUGGACAGCUUCGGCAUCUUCCUGCAGGGGCUCCUGGGCGUCGUGGCCUUCAGCACCCUUAUGCUAAAACGCUUCAGAGAACCAAAGCAUGAAAGACGUCCCUGGAGGAUAUGGUUUUUAGAUACUUCCAAGCAAGCCAUAGGGAUGUUGUUCAUCCACUUCGCAAAUGUCUAUUUAUCAGACCUUACAGAAGAAGACCCUUGUUCACUGUAUCUUAUCAACUUCUUGUUAGAUGCCACCUUAGGAAUGCUGUUAAUCUACAUUGGCAUUCGUGCAGUCAGCAGCAUUGUGGAGUGGCAGCAGUGGGAGUCCCUUCGCUUUGGUGAAUAUGGUGACCCACUGCAGUGCAGUGCUUGGAUGGGCCAGUGUGCUCUCUACAUAAUGAUUAUGACAUUUGAGAAAACCAUAAUCAUUAUAGUGCUGCUUAUACCUCAGUGGAAGGAGGUAGCUUUAUUGAAUCCUAUAGAGAACCCCCAGCUGGAGCUGGCUAUCGUCAUGCUGAUAGUUCCCUUCUUUGUUAAUGCAUUCAUGUUCUGGGUAGUAGAUAAUUUUCUUAUGAAGAAAGGGAAGACAAAAGCUAAACUGGAAGAAAAGGAAGCAGGACAAGAUUCAAGAAAUGGAAGUAAAGUCCGCUACAGGAGGGCAGCAUCACAUGAAGAGUCAGAGUCAGAAAUCCUUAUUUCAGCAGAUGAUGAGAUGGAGGAAUCAGACACUGAGGAGGACCUGCGUAGACUGACCAACUUAAAGCCCAUUAAGAAAAAGAAGCAUCGUUUUGGUCUGCCUGUAUGACACAUUCCCUGACCUGUGUAUCUGCAGGUUUCAUGGCAAAAACUUCAGUCUGUGGGUUUUAAUGUUGCAUCUCCCUUUUCAUACAGACUGACUUAAAAGCAAGGUCUACCAACAGAAUGGAAACGGUUGGGAGAUUCCCAGUUCAGUUGCACUACAGACACACUGACCAAUUAUGCAAGAAUGUCUUUUCAUCACAUGUGCAAAACAUGGUGUUGUGAAGGACGAGUCGCUAAGGGAAUUUGUACCUGACAUUUUGGAGAAGAUGAUAGGAAACAGAUCCAGCAAUCUGUCACUUACAGCUACUGGUGAUACAGCUGUAAGAUGUUCUCAAAAAAGCAUCAGAAUCAACCAAGCUAAAGGAGUGUUUUAUUACUAAAACUGGCUUUUGCAGCAUAAUUAUCUAGAGCAGAAUAGUUUAAGGUUACAAGCUGUAACUUAACAUUAUUUUUUUAAGUGCAAAUGUUUACUUGCUACCGGGUACCUAUGGAACUAAUAGGUGGAACAAAGAUUUUUUUUUUUUUUUCCCAAGUCUCCUCAAAUCUAUUUUAUAUUUAAGUUAUAUUUUCAUACAGUUGUAUUUAAAGAUUCUCAUUGUCAGAGAAAAGGGUGCAGUUCCCUUUUUCUUGUGCAGAACAGGUCUAAAGAUUUUUAGUGAAAAUCUUAUUUAUCCUUGUGUCCUGGUUUGACAAAGGGAUCGCAAAGGGAAAAGCUCUCUGUCACUGCUGAAGUCACCAAAUAUCACUAAAAAUGCAUCCUAAGUGUGCUUUUGACCACAUAAUUUGAAAAUACCUGUUGAAUAGGAGGUUGUGUUUGUGUAUUUGACAAACAUGCACUUUAGUGUGUAACAAAACUCUGCUGUGAUAGGUUAUUUGUGAAAUUAAUAUCUAUGGAUAACUAAUUAUUUCUGUUUCUGUGAGUCUCUCAUGAGUCUCUCAAAUGACCCAAAAGAGAUGAAACAUUUCUUUUCCUCAUAAAGGGCCUGCAGUACAGGACCAUGACCUGACUGAAGCAGCUGUGCUACAAUAUUGCAAAUAAUUCUACCCCUUUUUGUUGGAAAAGCAAUAUCCUAUUUAAUGUGCUUUAAAAAGAAAAAAAAUUUUCCUGGUAAUUUUCAUAAAGUUCAGUUUUCCUUCAGUAUUAAAAAACAAACAAAAAAAGCCCUAAGAGGUGUGGUAGCAUUGUUACUACAGAAUUUUUGUGAUCUUUUAGUGUCUUGUUUUCUGAUAACUGACAACACAUGCUUAUCUGAAACCUAGCAGACAUGUUUCCAGUGGCAUCCUUUUCCUUUGCAUAGUUUCUAAAUUAUGGUUUCCAGUCAUUUAGAUGGGAACAGCUUUCCUUGCUUAGCUAAACCUUGUACAGGACAAGGUGAUGUGUCAAAAAGGUGACAACAGAGACCGUAAGUGCAAAUCUGUUGUAGUAUCUGGACAUCAGAAAUGUUCCAAGCCUUAAACCAAACAGUUUCCUUGGAAAACUGCUCAGAACUUUUUAAGAUUUUUUACAUUUUUUAUAGAUUUACUAGGUCUUAAUGUGAUUUGUUAUCCAGACCACUUAAAUGGGGUUCUUGGGCCUUAGUAAAUACUGAACUGUGCGCUCCUGUACUUAUUUUCACUGUUCCAGCAUUCCUUUUCACUGCUUGGCUGCCAAGGUGAACACAGGUUCUGAACUUCAGUUACACCUCAGUGCGUCCAGCCAGCUAGAAGGGACAUUUUACCAAACCUGAUGUUUGUGAGUUUAGUUGAGCCACUGAUGACCUCUGUUACUGUGCACUGAAAUGUAAUAACUGCAAUAAGUUUAAGUACUAGUGUUUCUUUUAGACUAAAUCUAGAAACUAAUGAAAAUGAAAGUUUAAUUGAGUUAUUCUGAAAUGCGGGUGGGAGGGUGGGGAAAUGUCCCUAGUCAGCAUUGCCUCUGGUUUAGUUUUUUUGGGUUUUUUUCAUUGAUUGUGUGACUUGUAUCUUCUCUUGACUGUUUAUGACUGGGUGGGCGCUUAUCUCCAAAAGCACAGUACUUGAAGGAAUUCAUUUUCAUCAACAGAAUAGUCUCAAACAGCUCACUUUUCCAAAGGGAUUUAAGAGCUAGGACUGCCUCUUGUAAGCAAAUGUCAGCAUUUAUUUUUUUAGCAUAGGACUUGUUUUAUUUCAGAUAGUGAAAUAAAGCUAUUCAACAUAUGCUGCAUCCACUGCACAGCCACCACUGUCCUCAGCACACAUCAGAGAGAACUGAGCAGCGCACACAAAUUUAACUACAAGCUUUCACUUUAUCUUCCUUUACCCUCCUUUUCUCCAGUUACUUAAUUUAUCAAAAUUAUUUCCAGUCUCAUGUUUAGUCUGUGAAGUGUCAGUAUAAAAUUAUGGCCUUAAUCAUGUAAAAAUACUUGUUUUGAGCAGACCUCAAACUUAUUCACCAAGUACAAAACAGUGUAAAGCACUAUGGAGCAGUUUCUUGAAGAUGGUUAUGGCAAAGAUAUGUGAAUGCCUAAUUUUUCCUGUCUUAAGUGCUUAAAUGUCACCUGGUUUGAGAUUUUGAUAUAUGCCUAGCAAGAUGAUGUAGUAAAGCACUAUUAGCCAAAGAGAGAAGUAUUUUAAAAUGCCACAGUAGUAACGAGAGGAGCAUAUCUUCAAAGGGGAAAAAACAGCUCUGAUUUUACUAACAUAAAAAUUCUAUUCACAACCUUCACCAAAUGGCAAAACCUGGGAUUUUUUUCUGUUCAUUCUUUGUAACCGUGUGAACGAGAUGAAAAACAUCAAAUUGGCAGUUCUCCUCUUUGUUAUGUGAAAAUUGGAAUUCUUGCAGUAGGACAAGUGCUCUUGUGUGAAGAGCUUGCAUGUGUGAGAAGUAUGUGCCUAGUGCUUUGCUAUGUCUUACUGUUUGCUGAAAUGUAUUGGCAGUACAGCCUGAAAUAAUAAAAUUUUCAUAGAGUGGAUUCAGUGAUAACAUUACAACCUGAUGACCUUUGCAUUAGCCUCAAAUUGUCUCUAAAUUUAUGCCUGGUAAACAUACUUCAGGGCAGCUCAUAGCAAAGGUUUAAUUCAGGCUGUGCUUAAGAAGAUGUGAUUCUGUUUAAUGAAAAUAAGCUAUGUAGUAUAUGCCAAAGUAAGAGAAAGGGAUUUUAAUUUAUAGAUGAGACACAGAAGCAUUGGUGGAGAUCAAAUUUACCACAAACGACCAACCUUAAUGUGUUCAGUGUUUCUAGUAUCCGACCUGUGACACAUCUGCAUAAACUUAAAACACUGAUAUUGUCUAAUACGUGGUUUUCAAGUUCUGGCUUUAAUAUGUUCAGGUCCCCUCGUCUUACUUCAAGUAGGUAAAUGCUGUAUGUUGUUGUUGCUAACUAAAAUGUACUAUAGCUUUUCUUCAGGGAAAACUCAGAAAUUGAGUUGCAAAUUAGAGCAAUGCAAAGUGAUCCCUCCCAGGUGUCUGCUCCGUUUCCAGCUGUGCCUGGGGAGGGAGGUGUGGGCUCUCCCACUUCGCACUCCCGAGCAUCACAAGGAAUUUCUGCCACUGUGCUUGACUUAACCCGUUUGCAACUUUGCUGUGGUUUGUACAGGAAAAACCAAUAAAGAAAGUGAAUGAAUUUGGCAACAUCAAGUGAGAGUAGGUCUACAGCAUAGGUGUGCAAACUUUUUUAGGUAGUUUCCAGUUCAGUUACUGAAAAUGACUACUAUGGUUUUACAAAGUAAAACUGCAGUAUCUUUAAAAAAGGGACUCUUUUUUGUAGGUGUUCUUGUCUUGCGUGGGUAUCCGUCUCAACCUGAAUGUUGGGUUUGUUUGUAAGUAUUUCAGAGUACAGGCUAUGUGAGCAAAACCAACAGCUGCAUUCUGCUGCCCUCUGUUUGGACCAUGUUGUUUAAUCAGUUGUGUUACCUUAAUCUCCUAAGGGUAUCUGAUGUAAUUACGUUGUAUAAUGGUUUACAAUAAAGUUUGACUUAUUACAGA